AUGGCCAUGGCACAGACCACAACAAUUCCCGUAAAUGUGGGACUGAUUCUUGAUAUGGAUACCAUGGUUGGGAAGAAGUGGCUGAGCUGUAUCUCAAUGGCUCUCUCAGACUUCUAUGCCUCCAAUGGUCACUAUAGGACUCGGCUUGUUCUAAACCCCAGAGACUCCAAGAAUGAUGUUGUUGGUGCUGCUUCAGCGGAUUUUCCCUCGGCGCAAACCUGGGAAACAUGA